ACGUGAGCGGUUUAUCGAUUUUGUUUACAACGGCAGAGUCGUGCUGAUUUCGUAUCACGAUGCGAGAAAAAAUUAGUAUUAAAUUUUUAAUACAUUUAGUGGGCGAGAGACCUGCUUUAUGGGAUAAAACAUCAGACAUGUAUAAAGAUCGUAGUCUAAAAGAGACAUCAUGGCGUGAAAUUUGCGCCUUUAUUAACGAAAAUUAUGAACGCAUGCCAUCAUCAGUCAAAGAGGAGUUCACUAAAAUGGUUGUUAAAAAAUGGACUCAUAUACGUGAUUCAUGGGUUAAGUCAAUGAAAAAUGGCUACGAUGAACAAACGUUAAGGCCAGCUAAACCUUAUAUAUACCACGAUGAGAUGCAAUUUAUGAACAAAGUUUUACAAUAUCGUCGUCGUAGAUAUGACUUAUUAGCCAAAUUAGAUGAUGUGCUAUUUAAUCAAGCAAAUAUGGAAAAUGAACAAAGUAGUCUUUUGACUAUCGCUAGGAACACUAAUAAUAAUAACAAUGAUGAUCAAGAUGAUAUUAAACAGAUUAAAAAGGAUUGUUACGAUUCGAGUGAUAAUAAUAAUGGUGAAUCACUUCACGUUAACGAACCUAAGGUGGCUAUAGAGAUUAAUUCAGAUUUUGAUGAUGACGACAAUUGGCAACUGGAUAACACUAUUACGGCAUCUUCACCGAAAUCUGCUAUGCUUGAUUUAAAAAAGGAGACAAUUACUAGACUUGAAUUACCGCAACCGAUGAUGAGAAAAUUGGAAAUGAGUAUGGAAAAAUUGGAAGAUAAACCAUGUCGCAACCGCAUGAACUCGUUACAGAAUCCGUCUUUAGCGUUAAUUCAAGAUAAUAUGAAUUGUCUAUAUGAAAAUCGUCAUUGGAACUUUUUCAAGGGUAUCUUACCGUCGGUGAAUAAUUUGAAUGAUGAUCAAACUUUGGAAUUCCAGGCGGGCGUUAUAAGUUUAUUGCAGAAAAUCCGAAAUAGUCAAGCGAAAUCUUUUAAAAGUAAAAAGCGUAAAACAUCUAACGAUUCAGAUUGUGAAUGGCCGCUUCAUAAUAUAGAUAUGACACGACAUUACCCUACCAGAUCAUCAAAACGCGAUCCGUUGAGAGGUAAAGAAGUCGAGAUCAAUCAUUUCGAGAAUGAAUUUGAUGAUGAAGAUUAUUCGUGAAAUAUUGUGAAAUUUACAUAUAAAUACAAUAUAUUUUUUAU